GUGACAUUUUUUUUUAUAAUCUCGAACCCACAAAGUGAAACUAAUGAUGUAAACACGUGAAACAUUCCCUAGGAUUUUAACUUGCCGGCUUCAACAUGGUUAAGGAGCAAUUUAGGGAAGCAGACGUCGCAAAGAAAAUAAGCCAUGUUACGUUCGGCUUGCUCAACUCCCAUCAAAUGCAACAACUCUCGCACCUGCAUGUGGUCAGUAAAAACCUGUAUAGCCAGGAUGGGGGUCGUAAGCCAGUACCCUUUGGAGCCCUGGAUCAUAAAAUGGGAACCAGUGACAAAGAAAAUAGCUGUGAGACAUGUGGCAAGGGAUUGGCUGACUGCACUGGUCACUAUGGUUACAUAGACCUGGAGUUGCCAUGCUUUCACAUAGGAUAUUUUAGAGCUACUAUUCAGCUUCUUCAAAUGAUUUGCAAGACUUGCAGUCAAGCACUUUUAAGUCCUGACCAGAAGAAAACUUUCAUGGAGAAUGUGAAGAAACCACUGACUUAUCUACAAAGAAAAGUUCUAAAGAAGAAAAUCUAUGACAAAUGCAGAAAGAUGUCUGUCUGUGUGUCUUGUGGUGCAUAUAAUGGAAUGGUGAAAAAAUGUGGUCUGUUGAAAAUAAUUCAUGACAAAUAUAAACAGCGAAAGGGUACCGACCCAGUGAUAGAGGAGUUUAUGGGGUCGUUCGAGGCGGCCAUGGAACACAACAAAGACUUAGAACCUCUGCUGAGUAAAACGCAGGAGGUUCUGAAUCCCAUCAAAGUGCAACAGAUUUUCCUACAGAUCCCGGAGGAGGAGAUUCCACUAUUGAUGAUGAACCCUGAAGUCGGAAGUCCGAAAGACCUGAUACUGACCCGAAUUCUAGUACCACCCAUCUGUAUUCGACCCUCUGUUGUCUCAGAUCUCAAAGCAGGAACGAACGAGGAUGACAUCACUAUGAAGAUGACUGAGAUCAUGUUUUUGAAUGAUGUCAUUCAAAAGCACAAAGCUACAGGUGCCAAAAUGUCCAUGAUUAUGGAAGAUUGGGACUACCUGCAGCUACAAGUGGCACUCUUGUACAACAGUGAAACUUCAGGGAUACCCUUACAUAUGCAGCCAAAGAAAAUGACAAGAGGGUUUGUGCAAAGGUUGAAAGGUAAACAGGGUCGUUUCCGUGGAAACCUGUCUGGAAAGAGAGUUGAUUUCUCUGGAAGAACUGUCAUUUCACCUGACCCUAACAUGAGGAUUGAUCAGGUUGCAGUUCCUGUACAUGUGGCCAAAGUUUUGACCUAUCCUGAACGUGUCAACAAGGCCAAUAUCAAACUGAUGAGGAAACUGGUCAAGAACGGGUGUGACACUCACCCAGGGGCAAACUUCAUACAACAGAGAGACAACAACAUGAAAAGGUACUUGAGAUAUGGCAAUAGAGAAAAAAUCGCCAAGGAACUAAAGUUUGGUGACAUUGUGGAGCGCCACCUUAUAGACAACGACAUUAUCUUGUUCAAUCGACAGCCCUCCUUGCAUAAACUCAGUAUCCAGGCAUUCUAUGCCAAAGUGAUGCCUCAUAGGACUUUCAGAUUCAACGAAUGCUGUUGCAACCCCUUCAAUGCCGAUUUUGAUGGAGAUGAAAUGAAUCUUCAUCUACCCCAGACCGAGGAGGCGAAGGCUGAAGCUAUUACUCUAAUGGGGUCCAAGUCAAACAUUAUAACUCCAAGGAAUGGAGAACCUUUGAUUGCUGCCAUACAAGACUUUAUCACAGGUGGAUACCUGAUAACGCAGAAGGACGUGUUCCUGGACAGGGCGCGGGCCUGUCAGCUGAUAGCCUCCAUGUUGUCUGGCAGGGAGAGAACUCUCAAGAUCGACCUACCUCCGCCUGCCAUCAUUAAGCCCAUAAAACUGUGGACAGGGAAGCAGAUCUUCAGUGUUCUCCUUCGACCCAAUAAAAACUCUCCUGUCAGAGCCAACUUAUGGACCAAGGGAAAGAACUACUCCGGAGGAGAGGACCUGUGUAUCAAUGAUUCCUUUGUGGUGAUUCGGAACAGUGAACUUUUGUGUGGCGCCAUGGACAAAGGAACCCUGGGAGGAGGAUCGAAGAACAACAUCUUUUACGUGAUACUCAGGGAUUUUGGAGAGCAAGAGGCAGCAGACGCCUUGUCUAGACUGGCCAGGCUUUGUCCUGCUUAUCUCAGCCACAGAGGAUUUUCCAUCGGCAUAGGGGACGUAACUCCUGGUGCAGGGCUCAUCAAAGCUAAAAACAAUCUCCUGGAGGAUGGAUACACUAAAUGUGAUAGCUUUAUCAGGGACUUGGAAGAGGGCAAACUCCAGACACAGCCAGGGUGUUCAGAGGAGGAAACUUUAGAGGCCAUGAUUCUGCGAGAACUCUCUGUUAUCCGUGACCACGCUGGUAAAGCCUGUCUCCGGGAGUUACACAAGAGUAACAGCCCCCUGAACAUGGCCAUUUGUGGAUCUAAAGGUUCCUUCAUCAACAUCUCUCAGAUGAUUGCAUGUGUUGGACAACAGGCCAUCAGUGGCAAAAGAACGCCCAACGGAUUUGAAGAUCGAGCUCUGCCUCACUUUGAGAAAUUCUCCAAAGAUCCUGCAGCACGUGGUUUUGUGGAGAACAGUUUCUACAGUGGUCUGACCCCCACAGAGUUCUUCUUUCACACUAUGGCGGGGAGGGAGGGGCUGGUAGACACUGCAGUGAAGACGGCGGAGACUGGGUACAUGCAACGUCGGCUCGUCAAGUCUUUAGAAGAUUUGUGCUCGCACUAUGACCUCACGGUCCGCAGUUCCACCAAUGACAUUGUGCAGUUUGUGUACGGUGGGGACAGCCUUGACCCUGCUUCCAUGGAGGGCAAGGACCAGCCAAUUGACUUCAAGCGAGUGUACGAUCAUAUCAAGGCUAACACAAGGAGCAGUUUCAGAGAAGAACCUUCUCUAUCGGGGGCCGACCUUAGGGCGUUUGUCAACACCACACUGCAGGAAAACCUCUUCAAGAGCUUCAGUGAUGACUUCAAAAAGGACUUGAUAAAUUUUAUUGAUGAUGUCGGCUCAGAGAUUGAUAAAACAAGACAGAAAUUUGGUAUCAUGAAUGCACAGCGAACUGAACUACCCCCAGUCCUCUUUGAGUUGAACAGAAUAACAACAUCACAAGCAAAGCAGUUUCUGAAUAUUUGCAGGGACAAGUUCAUGAGGUCACAGAUAGAACCAGGAACGGCAGUAGGAGCUGUGUGUGCACAGAGUAUUGGAGAACCAGGAACUCAGAUGACCCUCAAAACCUUCCAUUUUGCUGGAGUGGCAUCCAUGAACAUCACCCAGGGUGUACCAAGAAUCAAAGAGAUUAUUAACGCCUCCAAGAACAUCAGCACCCCCAUUAUAACCGCUGAGCUUAUGGUGGACAGUGACCCAGAAUUUGCCAGAGUAGUUAAAGGGAGAAUAGAGAAAACAACCUUAGGAGAGGUAUCGGAAUACAUUGAAGAAGUGUUUCUGCCUGAUGAUUGCUUUAUUCUUGUGAAAUUAGAUAUGGACAGAAUUCGACUUCUAAAGCUUGAGGUGAAUGUUGAUAGCAUUAGGGAGUCCCUCUGUAAAUCCAAACUGAGAGUCAAACCCCAGGACAUCCAGAUCCACAGCUCGGCAGUGCUGAGUGUAAGGCCGAGAGAAACCUCCAAGAGUUCCCUGUAUUAUGUCCUCCAGAUGCUGAAGAAGGAGCUCCCCUCUGUCAUGAUCAAGGGAAUUCAAAAUGUAACACGAGCAGUCAUUCACAUCGAUGAGAAGAAGGGCGAAACUUACAAGCUUCUGGUAGAGGGAGACAACUUACUGGCUGUCAUGGCAACACCAGGUAUCAAGGGUACACAUGCCUUUUCAAACAACACGUUUGCCAUGGAGAGGACAUUGGGAAUCGAGGCAGCACGUACAACUAUUAUGAAUGAAGUCAACUACACCAUGUCCAGUCACGGAAUGAGUAUCGACAUACGUCAUGUCAUGUUGCUGGCCGAUUUAAUGACAUUUAAGGGUGAAGUAUUAGGAAUCACACGCUUUGGACUGGCAAAGAUGAAGGAAAGUGUUCUUAUGUUGGCAUCGUUUGAAAAGACAGCUGAUCACCUGUUUGAGGCUGCAUACCAUGGACAAAGGGAUACUAUUAACGGAGUCAGUGAAUGUAUAAUCAUGGGCAUUCCGAUGGGGAUUGGGACAGGACUCUUCAAACUUCUCCACAAAGCUGAGAAGAUUGACCCCGCCCCGCCCCGCAGAGAGCUAAUCUUUGACACACCGGAUUUCCACCUCCCUGGGACAGAUAUCUCCUAGCAAAGAAUGCCAGUCUACUUCAUUGUUUCUGUUAAAAAAUAAAAAACAUAGUGCUUUUCCAA